AUGACUGGAAAAGACAUGCCUCCUCAAAGUAGAGUUGAACUUAAUGAAGUGGAUGGAGUCAAGCUUUUGGGACCUGCAUUUGUGGUUGUGGAAAGACUCCAAUCAAUUCGGGACUUGCCAGGAUUAGAGUCACUGAGGCACAUCGGACUGAGUGGAUUUUAUGAUGAGUACAGCUUGAAUGCUGUAGUGAGAACAUCAAUCACUCCUCGCAUGAGACUCCAAUUUUCCGAAAUGGAAGGGGAGGAUAAAGGCAUUUACUUUGGGUACCCAUGUCGUCGUCACAGCUGUUCUGUAGUAAACAUCCCAGCACCAUGUGUCAACAAAAUGAUUUCACACAUUCAAGAUGUGGAAUCUAAAAUACAGGAGUAUUUGAAACAGUUUGAAACGGCUCAUGAAGAAUGGAGUAUAGCUUCUUCCAUAAAAGGAAUGACGGAAGAAGAUUGGAGUACAAGAAGUGUUGCUGCCCCAGAGCAAAAGAUCAAAACAGAAGAGGGAGAUGAAAAAUGUCCAGAAAUAAAGCAGGAAAUGGGAACAUUGCUGUCAGAAGCCAUCCAUCUCAUUAAAAGCCUAGAAACCGACCGUGCAGAAGCUGAAGAGGCUUUAAGACAACAAAAAUUGAGAAGGAAAAAGAUCAAGAUGAAAAUUGAUUCUUGGUCAAUCUGGAGACUUCAAGAACUCCCCUCCGCUGUGCAGAAAGAACAUGAGACAUAUAUGAGAGAUAUUAUAGAAUUACGAUGGCAUCUUACAGAUAAAGUUCAUCAACUAGAAUGUUUUGAAGAGCAGAAGGCAAAGUUAGAAGAAGCUAAUGCAAAGGUUCAAGCAGACAUAGACUACAUGAGUGAGCAUGGCCCUCUACUGGACUCAAAGCGGAACCAGGAACUUGAAGCUCUGAAGGAAUGUUAUUUAAAAAAAUUUGAGAUAAUGGAACUGUACAAACGUGUCCAUGAAGAACUUGAAGAAGCUAAAGAAAACUGUGAAAAUGCCAAACGGAAGGCUGAAGAAAUUAAGGCUGAAAUGGAUAAAGAUCUUAAACGUGAUGAAGCAAGUCUGGAUGUCUACAAGAAAGAGAUAGAUAAACUUAAUAGUCUGUAUGUUCACUACUCCACAUCUAUAGAAAAUGUUAACUUGAAUAUUGUGGAGAAUGAAGAGGCAGUGACUGAAGCACUGAAGGAAACAAAGUCGUCAACAAAUGAGUUAGCGACUUUAUCAAGAAGGUUAGAGGAGUUAAAAAGAUUUUAUGAUCAACUAACCUGGAAGAGAAAAAGUUAUGAAAAGGAAUAUAUAGAUGCACUCAAUACUUUUUAUGCCACGAAAACUACAUGGGACAUUGAGCUUUCUAAUGUUUCAAAAGAUUUUUCAGAUAUUUCAAAAGCGUAUGAUCAAUUGUUGGAAGAAAAUAAAAAAGUUGAGAUGGAUAUUGAACUCUUAAUAGAUCGUAUCAAUGAAAGUAUAAAGAAAAAAGCAGAACAUGAGUCUGAAAUCCAAACUUUGUUGAGACUGAAGGCAAAAAAUAAUGAAUUGCUUAAACAGCUAUACAAGGAAGCUUACCACGUCGGUGCUGUUUUCCACCUCACCAAAUUUAAAACAGAUGAAUUGGAAGGGAGCAUUGCGGAAGUGAGAAGAAAAUUCAAGGGUAGAGAAGAUUACUUGAAAAAACUCAUUCGAAAUGAAGUGGCUACUGCAAUACAGAUUCAGAAAAAAAUAUAUUAUAUUCAAGAAGUCCAGACACAGGAGAGGAAGGAUCUUGUAGGAAAGAAAAUACUCUACGCCCUGGCAUUGGCGCAAUUGGAGGAGCCAUUGACUGAACUAGAAGAAGAGGCCAUCAGAAUCAGAAACAUCCAUCAGCAACAUUCUGAAAUAAUUAAUGAUAUAAUUGAGAAGAAAAAAAAUGUUAAAAGAAAUGUGGACAGGACAAAGAAAAAAUUGAAAAUGAAGGGGAAGAAAACCCGGGAGGCACUAAUACAAACAGAGGAAAAACGCUCAACAAUUUUUAAAGAAAUACAUGAGACAAAGAGUAAAACGUCUGUUUUUCAAACCAAAACAAGCAAAUUGAGUGAGGAAUUAAUAUUAAAAGAACAGGAAAAGAAACAUUUUGAUGAGAUACUUGAUGUUUUAAAGGAUAAAUUUGUAGGUAUAAGAUUUAAAAAAGAACAUGCGCAAGCUGUGUUUGAUCAGCUCGACAGUGAGAAAAGAGCCUGUCAGGAGAGAGUCCAUGAGGAAGAAGAGAGGUUUCGAGUGCUCCUUUCCAUGCGGCAAAAAACUCUGGGAGAAAUUAAAAAAACACAAGCUGAUUCCCUGGAAGAAAAUCUGCGCUUGGCUCAAGAGUAUCAGAAGAUACAGGAUCAUUUCUUAGCAGAAAAGGAGAAAUAUUUCAGUCUAUUCGAUAGACGGUUAUUAUCACUCGAUGCUUCAAUUAGAGAUAAAGCACAGUUCUGUCAGCUGCAAAGAAGGAUACACAAGGUAUGGGAGACACACUUCAAAUUGGUGGCCCUCUCCAGCCAGAUGAGGCUGGCCAAGUUCCAGACAGACUCUCAAGAGAGUAUUCAGAAAAUAUUAGCUGUGCAGGAGGAAUCUUCAAAUUUAAUGCAACACAUCUUAGUUUUCUUCCAAUCUUUGACAGACGGCCAGUGCGAAAGCGAUGGUUAAGCAAACAACCAAUGUAUCUUGGAUGCUGAAAUAAAAGACAA